UACACACAGACAGCAGCACCUCCAACCACCACCAGCAAUCACUGCUUUAUAAAGCCCACUGUACUGGGAACUACAUCAUUUUACUGGAGUCAAAACGCUGGAAGACUUCUGCUCUGCAAAACAGGAAAGGGCUCCUUGGAGGCGAACCAGAGUUUGCACAGACUGCACUAAAUGCAACUUUACUUGAGCAGCGGAACCUUGAAGAUUGAGUUGCAGCCCGUGCUUGGCAGUGAGAAAUCCAUUAUGGAUAGUGGGAAUGUUUCAGUGACAAUAAUGGAUGAGAGUCCCGGUUCCAGUUCCAGGUCCAGCUCGAGCCCUGACAUUGAUUCGCGCCUCUCCCCGGACAGGAGGCGCUCCGAGCCGCUCGCACUUAGCGCUGGUGCCAGAGGCAGGCCUGCAGCUGCGAACGCGGCUCGGGAAAGGAGCCGAGUUCAGACACUGCGACACGCUUUUCUGGAACUGCAGCGAACUCUGCCCUCCGUUCCUCCCGACACCAAGCUGUCCAAACUCGACGUCUUGAUACUGGCCACCACGUAUAUUGCCCAUUUGACUAGGACCCUGCAAGAGGAGGGGAUGGUGGACGGAGAGGGGACUAGGCAUCCUGAUGUAUUACACUCUCUCAAAGGAGACGGCUACUUGCACCCUGUAAAAAAAUGGCCUAUGCGAUCCAGGUUGUACAUUGGAGCUACGGGACAGUUUCUGAAUAAUUCAGGGCAGGCUGAAAAUCCAGACCAAGGUGAAUCAUCAUCAGCUUCACAGACUUAACUAACCAUCAGUGUUUUUUUUUUUCACUAAAUGGUCAACCCCAAACACAAAAAUCUACAGCCUUAUAGGAAUAAAGAUUUGCCGGAACAUUUGCAAUCAUCCAUGUAUACUGAUUUGAGAAGCCUGAAGUUCAGUAAGAGGUACGAGAGGUUCUGCUAAAUUGCUUUGUUUUGUGACAUAGUUGUGGCAAAACAGUGUAAAGGACUGAAAUGUGGAUUCUAUGCAAUCACCUGCAUUGCUGUUAAUUAAAACCUCUGACACAGUAUUUGAAGACACAGUACAAUAUCAUAAACAGUGAAAAGCAUUUGUUCAAGUGAAGAUCAGUGCUGUGGGUGAAAAGUUAUGUAGCUAACCAAAAUUCUGUAUAAAUAAUAUUAAUAUAUUUGUCAGUAUGUAAAUUAUUCAUUUUAA